AGUGAAAGUGAUUUUUUAAUAGAAAGUGAAAUAAAUUUUUUUUUGGGACGAAUAAAAAGAAAAAAAACGGAAAUGUUUUAAGGGACAAAAAAAAGAGAGAGUGUGUUAUUUAAUUUGGAUAUUUGCUUGCUGCAUAAAGGAAGGAACGUAGGUACCUCGCAUGACAUUAUUAGUAUUAUUUAAUUUAUUUACGGUUGUGAUGGCCGGGGAUCUGGGGAUAAGGUUUCAGCUGGUUCCUCCUGCAGGAUUGUUCUUGACGCCCCCCUCUUGCUUUGCCGUCACUGCAGCGCACGAGAAGAAGGACCCCUGCUUUGCCGUCACAGUGCAUAGCCAGAUAGUCGCCGGCCGCCAUCGUAGAGAAAACCCCCGAUCAGUUUGUUCGUCUUCUUCAAUCAAAGGAUAGACAAGGCUUCCAGUCUGAUCAAAAUCUUGGUCAGGAAACUAUUUUCACAAAUGAGGUAAUUGAAGUGGAUAAUAAUGAUGAUAUCGGCAGCAAAUACAAUGAGAAACGUCCUUUGAAGGAUAGGUGUAAAGAAGCAAAAAAGUCUCAGAAGAAAAGGAGAAAAUUUUUUGAGAACGUAAAUAUGGGAAAAGACAUGAAUGAGAAUUUAAAGAAUACUCCAUCAAAUAUACAUGUAUUUCCCCUCCUUACAAUGCUAUAAGAAAUGAUUUCGGUGCUUUAGCGUACCUGUAUGGGACACCUCUUCAAACGACUCAUGUUCCAUUAGUUCCACCAAUGCUUCAAUUUCCGAUGAGGCCUGAAGUUGUCGGUGUAGACCAUAAUGGCAGAGGGAAAUCAUUCACAUCCUUGCUUGCGGAGGUUAUUCAAAGUAAUUCUCAUUUUAGUAAGUCCUAAAUUGACCCAUUUGUGAACGUAAUUUGUAUGCACCAAGUAAUAUCAUGUUACUCCUAUUAUAUUUUUGUCGUAUGGUACGUUUUAGAGUAGUUUGUAUUCGUUGAUCAUAUACAUAUAUGUAGGUGGUAAGGAUGAUGAGCAUUCUUAAAUUACACACGCAUUGUCUCCAUGUAAGAAAUGUCCUAGAAGCAUUUAAAGGAUGCUAUUCGAAGCGGCAGGAGACAAAUGGAAAGCUCUCAGGUCCUGUUCGGCACUCACCUCUAUCGACACAAAACGGAUAUACAUUCUUAUGUGUGACAGAUUAUGUGUGCUUUAACAUUUUAUUACACUUUACAUUGAAUUUUAAAUUCUUGUGACACUGAACUGAUGCCCGAAACUGAUUUCUGGGA